ACAACGAAACGAUUAAAAAAAGGAUAUUAAUUUUCCUCAAUUUUUGGGAUCAUAAAUGUCACUGGCAAAUAAAUACAUAUGAUACAUGAAUAUUAUUUUCAUUAAACAAAAAUACAAAAAAUAAUCAUUAAAAUACAUAUUUUAAGAUAUUUAAAUGAUAUCAUGCACUUUGAAUUCUUGUUUGUUUUUUUCCUUGUUCUUGCUCUUGCAUCAAAUUGGGAUGUUAUAAUCAAACUCGAUUAGGAAAAUCCACUAAACCUUAUCAGAAAUAGUAAACUUUUGUGUGAUUGUUUUAGUUUCUAUUUCUAAAACACAACAGAGGAGGGCAGUCAUGUUUAGCAAAUGCUGCUUUAGUGCAGAGUGGAGGCUGCAAGCGGUCAUUACAGCUAUUAGUCAGAUGACCUUUAGCUGUAAUACCAGAUUUAGCGGGGCACUCCAACUUAUCAUAGUUGAUUAUAACCGUGAUAAUAAAGGUCAUUUUAGACAAAUAUAUGCAUAGAGGAAUAAACAACGUAUUUGCCUUAGAAACAAUCAGAAAUAAUAAUAAAAAAUGGUGUAAGAAAAAAACUGUAAACCAAAGUCACAGCAUGUAGACUUAAUGUGUCUACUUGAUAAAAUUACAUAUGCUUAGCAAUGUUUUUUCUGUUCUUCAUUCCCAUAGCCUUGCUAUACAACAACCAUGGUGUUAAAGGUCAAUUAAGACAUUUGUUGUCAAGUCUAUUAUUUUAGUGACAUUUUCUUCUUUUUCCAUUGCUGUUACUUUGAGUGAUCCACGUUGUGCACCAACAUCUGAGUCACUUCUCCAUCUCUAUGUAAAGUUCCGCGCUGAGCGACGGAAAAAAUUCAACGGGGCGGUGAGACAUUCCAAACCGCUGGACUGAUGCUCUCUUCAGCCUAUGGAAGCGAUUUUCCUCGGUACUGGCGCGGAGUGGAAGGAGGGGCCAACUAGAUGUUUCCGCGUUGGUAAAACGUGUGUCUAAUGAGCCAAGCAGGAUAUAUUUAAACAAAGUGUGGGUUUAUAUGUAUAUUUUACUGAAUUUUUUUCACAUUUUUUAUGUCUUGGAACCUAAGAUGCAGGACGUACCUUUGGUCACAUGACGCUCAGCCCGAGCAGUAAAUGCAAAGUGCAUAGUGCUGCCUUCAGACGCACCUUGGACUUUUUCCAAUCAGGUGAAAUCGUGCAUCAAACCGGGGAUUUUUCGGGCACAUAUGUUGGAAUUCGAGCAACGUUUUGACCUGCAGAGUGAUGUGGUGUCUGAUAUUCUCAAGAAGGAGGCGUCGGUCUGCGAGUUGACAGAAGAAUACCACAGUGCAGUGGAUGCUCGCAUCCUCAAUGUACAGAGUGAUGGAGGCGUCCUGUACUCAUGGAAGGGAGCUACAGGGACAACCAGGAUUGGGAAAUACAACCGCGGCACCAAACAAAACCAGCUCCUGUACUCGUUUGACAAGCAGGUGUGUGUCAGCAGCUGUUCCCUCAACCAGGAGGAGACGUUGUUGGCUGUCAGCCUGGUGCAGAACACCCGAGGAGCGGAGCACCUGAGACCAAUGUCCAAGUGUCUGACUCUGCUGAUUGAGAUCCGUCCCAUCAACAACACGAAGGUCCUCAAAGCAGUAGACUGCAGGGUCAAAGUGCAGUUCCUGCAGCAGGACACAAACAGGAGGUCGGUGCUGGAGAGUCACCUGCUCCUGCUGACAGAGGACGGCUAUGCAGAUUUGUACCACGUUCUGCUGACCAAACAGGAAGGUUACAGAGUGGUAAUAGCCAAUCCAGAGCGUCUGGCCAGAACUGUGGAGAGAAUAGUGGAGGACUUUAGUUGGGUCCAGUGGGAUGGACACACUCAAAGACUCUACUAUCUCACACACAAGGACCAUUAUCUGCUGCGAUGCGUGCAGUUUUACCCCAGCCACCAUUGUGAAACAGUGAUGGAGCUCCCCUUAGAGCUGCCUGCCAAAGCUUUCCCCACAAUCAAGUUUGUUAACUUGGGCUUCGACCACUAUCAUGUGGAGAAACCAGAGACAGAGCUUGUCAGGAUGGAAGUGUUCACAAACAGAAUUGGGAGCAUGUGUGUCUGCUACAGCCAACUACUCCAAGACAGACGGGACAGACAGACAGGCACAAGGGAAGUGAUGUACACGGUAGUUCUAGUACACAAAGACUGCAGCAAGACUUUCAGAGUCUCUCUGGAUGGUGAGCAGCUGCAGCAGGAAGUCACUCAGCUUCAUCCACUCUUCAUCCCCAUGGGUUACUACAUCCUGGUGUAUCUGCAGGAUCAUUUCCUUCACUGUGUCAACACCAGGCAGGAGGAGAUGAUCUGUCACUCCCUCUUCUUCUCCGGUCGGGAUGUGAACCUGGGCCUGCCGCGCGGGUCCGCUGACGUAACAGUGUUGCAUUCGGAGGAAGAGCCCCGCGGGACUUUGCUGGACCUGGGCAGUGGAGAGAUCCACGCAGCUGAGCUCAGCCCUGCGUACCUGCUGCGGAUACUGCACUCACACACACCCACUAGCUACAGUGGCAGCAGCAGCAGCAGCAGCAGCAUGGCUCACCCUCAGCACCUGGCCGCCCUCCACUGCCUGCUGGUUUACAUGGGAAACGACCCAAACGUGGAGCUGCAGGUUAUUGAUUGGCUUUGCAACAACGCCGUCGCCAACGUCGACUCCUUCGAUCGGAUCCAGGAGUUCAUUCUCGCCUCGUUGUACAGAAUCAGCUACGACAGGUCCCUGAGCCUCGACAAGGUUCUGCCUUACUCCUCCGUAUUCGACAUGCAGGAGCUGCCACAGCGUCUGCUGGAGAUCCCUGGUGUUUUGUGCAGCACUGAGCUGCAUAUUAAGGCCGCACUGAGAGGGAAGGGUUUCUGGGCCGAGCUGCAGUGGAACACAGAGAGGACAAAAUACCUGGAGGCUGUUCCCAACCCCAGAUACAAAACCUCACAGAUAAAGGCUGAGUGGGACAAACUGAGGUCCAAGAGGAGCCCGUCGAGCUGCAUGAAUCACAUUGAAGAGAACACAAAGAAAGUUCUGUCCAUGGUGGAUACCUGGUGUCUAGAUAAGAAGCUGGUGCCACUUUUCCAGGAGGAGGACUAUCAACAGAGGGCGCUGAUAGGCCUGACAGUGGACAAGCUGAGGGAGCAUCUGAACAGACACCUGCCACGACUGGGCAAGAAGAAGACCGACUCCCUGGUGGUCUGCUACGUAGCCAAACUGCUGGAGCUGAUCAGACGCAUGCUGGAAUCAGUGUGGUUGAAGUACCACCUCGGCCCCGGCGCUCUGUGCUUAACGCAGCAGGCCAGUCGAGCCGAAUGGUCCGUGCUUCACUUCAUGUUUCGCAUCCUGGAAGCCACCAGGGGGCUCUGUCUGCCACUCCCGCCAGGCUAUCACACCCUCGCAGCGGUGUUAGCUCUGCGCUGCUUCCCUCCUCACACCUUCCUGCAGUACGUUGAUCACGGCUUCCUGCAGCUCACAGAAACCUUUUUGUCUCGGCUCAUGAAAGACUUGGACAACAGCGAUGCCAACGAGAGACUGAAGUUCAGCAUACUGAAGAGACUACCGCAGCCCUUGGAGCGGAGCAUCUUCCACAUGUGGGAUCAUCCCGUCAGCUCCGCUUCCAUCUCCAGAGAGUACGUCAGGACUCUGCUGGAGAAACAGCACCAAACCAAGGGAUUUACAUUCACCAGCAGCAGAGACAAGGCAAACUUCAGACCGCAGUUUCUGCCUCUUAGCUACCUGGCAACAAAACUCUGUGAUAUAGAGGAACAAGCUCUGAACCCGUUCGAUGAGCAGGAGAACGUGGACGCCAGCUUUAUGGAGGAGACGGCUCUGAAGCAGACGCUGAUACUGCUGGGCUUUGAUGAAAAAUAAAGCAGGUGGAGAAUCAGAUGGAUGUUGGCGCUGAUGGAGGAAAAGGACGACUGGGGGGCAGAAAAUGGCUCCGAGGGGAGAGCAGUCGCCAUCGACCCGACUGAGGACAAGUUAACUUAUUGGCAGAUGGUGGAGGGCCAGGAGUGAAAGAUGAAUAAAAAGAUUGAACUGCAGAGGCCUCAUAAACAAGCGCUCCCUUUCUGAUGACAAACUGAGGAGAGAUGGAGGUGGAUAUGGAACGAGAGGAGCCCAGGGAGGACGGAUGGAGGGGGAGGAAAAAGUACUUUUAUUUGUAAAUUCCCAGGAAUCGAAGGGUGAAUUGUGAAUAAGACCAAAGAAUUAUGACACGAGUGGAAUCCUCGCUCAGUGGCGUUUAUCAAAUCCAGGAAAGAUUCGUCCCGUGUGUUUAUUGAAGAUCAAUAUCUGCAGGCAGCUAUUUCUACUAACUCUAUUUCGUCCAGCAGCAACAAUUCUUUCUCCCGCCGCCUUCUCAACUUCCCGGGUACAAUUUAUGAACAUCGGUGUCAAAUCGGCCAAACGGCUUUUAUAAAUCAAACACAUUAGUUUGUCCGCCCGUGCUUCCUGUAAUGCCGCUGCACACCAUCAAGUUGAUUAAACGCCGACAAAACCGCCCGUCGGGGUCAGUCGGUGGGAGCUUUAUUUUUAUUUAAACUGAUCGCACACAAUGGCCGCAAUGAGGAGGGACGCGACCACAUGAUCGGUGACGUAGAGAUGACAGUGGAUAAACCGACUGAACAGUCAAGGGACGGCAUUCGUUUAAGGGAUCGUUAUUAAACUGACGGGCUCAAAACGCAAGUCUAGUAUUGGAAUCCGGAGUAUUGCAGUACUCUAAAUAAAUGUACUGAUGUGCCACAGAUACUGUUUGUUAAAUUGAUAAUAAACUGUUUGAAGGAGUUUGACUUUUACAAUUUUUAGGUUUGUGUUGAUGAGCACAGCGCCACACAGUGGUAUAGUGAUUAGAGCUCUUGCCUGACAACAAGAAUCAACAUCACUAAUGGUCAUUCUGUAUGGAGUUAUUCUUCCUGUCCAUGUAUUUUUUUUCUAAGUACUGCAGUUUCUUAUUGAAUUUAAAAAUAUAUUCAGAAAUAUCUGUUGGAUAUGAACUCAAAUUUGACAUUCGAACACUGGCAGCUGAAAACCAAACAUCUUAUUGAUUUCCUGCUCUCAUUUUAACUCAAUAACUCAUAAUGAGUUAAAAAAGUUUACCUCUGUUAUUUCACACUACUUGAACAACAACUGUGCAAAUCAGUGAGUAAACAAACCAUUAAAUCAGGCUGAGAGUUGAAGGUUAAGAAGACAGUACGAGCUGAAAUAUUUAUACAGAAGACUAAAAAAAAACAACCUUUUACAUCAUUCCCUACGUCUCACGACUCACAUGUUCCGACAUCUGGUUUGUGUUACUGGUUUGGAAGCGUGUGCCCUCAAUCAUGACCGAUCGCCGAACUGUAAGUGGAGGAAUUCCAUGCUCGUGGUUGUAAUGUGUGUUUCAUAAUCCAUGAGACGACGUCUGAGUGCUACCACCACGCAAGAGAAAAUACCAGAGAAUAUUUCACGUCACCCUCACUGGAAUUGAGAACUUAUGUAACGAUCCCCCGGAAUAUAAAAGGGAUUUCUUCGUCUGUCGACAUUACACAGAAAACGUGUUUUACAUGAAGGAGCGUUAAAUCCAGUUAGGAGUUGUUUAAAUUCCAGGGUCGUUGCAUCAGAGUUUACUUUACUUUGACGUUUUUAUUUUUUUUCUUCAAUUUUUAUGAAAUGUAUGUGGUACUUUUUAACAAAAAUGUUCUGUUGCUUUUAGCUGGGGACUAACAAAGUAUUUUCUAAUACUACUAAAUAUUUGUAUUAUUUAUACAUAUUUAUUUAUACCAUUUAUACAGAAAUGAAUUCAUCUUCUUAGCAAUAACUUUUUUUCCCCAUUUUGACUAUUAACUACUUGUUCUACUAUUGAUUACUUGUGGCUAGCUCUUUCCGCCAUUGGCGCUAACUCAAACAAUUGCAGUGCUAACCUUUAGCUACUCCGCCACAGUUCUGAAACUAAAACAACUAUAUAGUAACUAUAAGUUCUUUUAUGAAAUUGAAGAUUAUUCUAAGCUAACUUCUACCAAUUACAGUGUUGUUGACAAAACAUUUAGCUCUGUUGCUGUUGAUGUAAUUGUUGCUAACGUAUUGGCUUCGAUAUAAAGUGUUUUAAUCUUUAACUGUAAGCUACUUAAGCUAAUUUUUAUGACAGAAAAUAAUUGAGAACCACUGUUUUAGGGCAAGGAGUAACUAUGUUUUUGCCAACUACUAGCCAUUUCUGAUUCGUUGCAGUGACCUUUGACCUGUUUGUGCUACUCGUGUUUUCCUGGCUAAAGAAUUUCUGGGUGAAGAGUCAAACACUAAAGACCAUUAACUCUGUGCUUCUGUCGUUUUCCACACAGCAGUUUUAUUGCUUACGGCGAAAUCUGGAAUUCCACUGACACUGAUUCGAUCAUGCAGGUUCUCUCAUGUUUUUGAUGACAUGUGGUGUUUUGGACGAAAUAAGCACCAGUUCCAGUGAAGUCAGGAAAUAAACUCAGAGUAAGUCAUCAA